AUGAUGCACGCAUACGAUCAUAUUCGUAAUACACGAUACAAGAUGACAACAACAAACGAUUACGAAUACAUAAAUGAAACAUCCAUUCACGAAGACCUACUAUGUCCAUUAUGCACAGAUCCAUUAGUAGAACCCUUGUGUGCUAACCAAUGUGGACAUACAUUUUGCCGUGAAUGUAUUACUGAAACUUGUCGUACCAUGUCGAAAUGUCCGACAUGUCGUCAUGAUUUAACGCUCAACGAUUUGCAUCCGGUCAAUUUGCGUCCUUUUCUCAAUCAACUUAAUCAAUUACUUGUCAAAUGUAAACUGUGUUCCGAAACAAAUAUUCAACGAGGUAAUUUCAAAGAGCACGCUGGAAAGUGUUCGGAAAGACAAAUAUCGUGUCCAGCAGUCGAUAUUCAAUGCGAUUGGUUCGUCCGAUGA